UUAUUCAAUCAGGACUUUGGACGAUUCCUAAUUUCCUUCCCUGCACCGUCCGUCUCUCUCUCUGUCCGACUCUUGAGUCUCCUAUUCCCAAGUCCUAACAACAGUCACCACAGUCGCAGAGAGCAAACAAACGAAAUCUCUCUCUCUCUCUCUCUCUCUCUCUCUCUCUCUCUCUCUUUCUUUGUCUCUUUUGAGCUUCAGGGUAUCAAUCAUUCUUUGUCUCCUUUGAGCUUCAUGGUAUCAAUCAAUUUAUCUCUGUGCGAAAGAAAUCGAUAUUUGCAGAAAAAAGGGUAAAUAAUACGUCUUUCGGUUUCUUGAGAUGCUUUUCUUGCUCUUCAAAUAAAACAAACCGCUUUCCUUCUAUACUUCGACAUGCAAGGGAAGCAGAAGCAACUUCUCCCACCUUAGAAAAUUCUCUGAUCGUAAUCCCGUCAUCUUCAGAAUUGUUGAUUGGGUUUUUUUCUGAUUGAUUUUUCCUUUCUACCCGGAUAAUAAGGGGAGUGAGAAGUAGCGGUGGGAAGAGAUGAAAAAAGAGGAGCAAGCUCGGUCACUAUUUGGGAUUUCUCUCUCUGAUAAACCCAAGUGGAAGCAAUUCCUCUUCUGUUCUUCGGGGUUUUUCUUCGGUUACCUUGUCAAUGGCGUCUGCGAGGAAUACGUCUACAACCGUCUCCAGUUCAGUUAUGGUUGGUACUUCACCUUUGUACAAGGCUUCGUCUAUCUGGCAUUGAUAUCCUUACAGGGAUUCACUACCAAACAGAUGGUGAACCCAUGGAAGACCUAUGUGAAGCUCUCUGUUGUCCUAAUGGGUUCUCAUGGACUAACCAAGGGUUCUUUGGCUUUUCUGAAUUACCCUGCUCAGCUCAUGUUCAAAUCCACUAAGGUACUGCCGGUGAUGGUAAUGGGUGCUUUCAUUCCAGGUCUGAGACGGAAGUAUUCGGUGUUGGAAUAUGUUUCUGCUUUGCUUCUUGUAGUGGGUCUCAUCAUUUUCACCUUAGCAGAUGCUCAUACUUCUCCCAAUUUCAGUGUAAUUGGUGUUAUAUUGGUGACUGGUGCUUUGAUCAUGGACUCCUUUCUGGGUAAUUUCCAGGAAGCAAUCUUUACUAUGAACCCUGAAACCACACAGAUGGAAAUGCUCUUCUGCUCAACUGUAGUUGGGCUGCCUUUCUUGAUUCCUCCCAUGGUUUUGACUGGGGAGUUGUUCAAGGCCUGGAAUUCAUGCUCCCAGCAUCCAUAUGUAUAUGGAGUGCUAGUGUUUGAAGCAAUGGCCACCUUCGUUGGUCAAGUCUCAGUGUUGUCUCUCAUAGCCAUUUUUGGGGCUGCCACCACAGCCAUGGUGACAACAGCUAGAAAGGGUGUGACACUACUGUUAUCUUACCUGAUAUUCACGAAGCCGUUAACUGAGCAGCAUGGGACAGGGCUGUUGCUCAUAUCCAUGGGCAUCGUAUUGAGGCUUUUACCUGAGAACAACACCAAAUUCCCCUCCAUUCAAUCCAGAACUUCCCCUGCCAUUGACAAGAUCGAGAAGUCUUUCUUCAAAGAAGAGAACCCUCCAAUUAGCAAUCAAGAAGAGGUUGAACAAAGGAGGCCUUUAGUUUGAUGAACAGAAAUUGACUACUUUUUUCAUUUGAUUUGUUAUUACUCAUUUUUCUUGUUCAUUUCCAACCUGAAAAUUAAAUAAAUAAUGGGGAAAAAAAAGUAGGAAAUUUUGGAAAGA